CCCUCACUCCUCCCUCCCUCUCUUCAUGGGAGGGGGGAGAUAUUUGACGUGGCAAGAGGACGUGACAUAGCCGCACACCACCUCACCUCCUCAACUGGGUUUAGGCUGCUCACCUUCAGACCUCUGCAGGUGCUGGUCGCGGUGCUCGGUCAGAACCGGAACCAUGUGGUUGAUCGUGCUGGCCGGUCUGCUUCACUGCGCCUCGGCCUACGAUGUGGAUCUGAAGAAGCUGGACGGGCUGGCGAAAGCGAGGGUGGAGUCGUGUGGUGGAUGACAGCUGAACAGGCUCAGAGAGGUCAAAGCAUUUGUGGUCCAGGACAUUCCUCUUUACCAUAAUCUGGUGAUGAAACACAUUGCUGGGGCCGACCCUGAGCUUGUCCUCCUGAACCAUUACUUCGAAGAGCUGGAUCGGAUCGCCCUGUCUGACAUGAGCCGCUCGGAGAUCAACCAGCUGCUCGAGGAGCUUGGUUUCUACAAGAAGGCUGAAGCUGAGGAUGAGGUGCCCGAGGAGUACCGCUUCUCUCCCGCCAAAGACAGCCCGUUUAAAGAUGAGCCACCCUACAAAUCCUCCACAUCCUCUCCUGCCACGGAGAACACCUCCACCGAGCCCAAAGCAGAAGACAAGCAUACUGACCUAUAACUGAAGUAGCAAUCUAACAUUACUACUGAGCUCCAAAGCUGCUCCAUGACCAGCUGGUUAAUGCAGUUGAUGACUGGCAUGCUUGUCAAAUUAAGACCAGAAGAUCAUGGAACAGCCUUUGACCUUGGAAACAAUCUUAGCAUCAGCAACAGGGCUUUAAAAAGUCUGAAUUUUGCACAUGUUGACAUUUGUUAUUAUUUUCGCAGCGAUAAAAUCCAACCAGGCUGCUAAGCGAGUGCUUUUCUACUCUCCACACCAAGACUGGAAAAUGUGUAUGUUUUGUUUUUGGUCCAUUAUGUGCCAGCUGUCUUCAGGAUCUUUGCCUCUCUUGAGUUCCCCAUGUGUGUCUGACUGCUUCCUACCUACUCUGAAACCGAAUGACGCCUCAGGCUGAAACCUGUCUGUCUGGCCUGAGGCUGAUGCUGCAUGUUCUGGUGGGUUGGACUGAUGCACACAAGAGGAUUCAAGUGAAAGCACGGUCAAAUAAAUAAUAAAAUAUUU